AUGUUGACGCUAGUGAUAGGAGACCUCUUCGUUCCAGACAGAGCCAUUGGCUUGCCCAGCGACUUCAAGAAGCUCUUGAGCCCCAAUCCCUCUGCCAUUCCCUCCAACAACAAGAUCGCUCAGGUGUUAUGUUUGGGCAACGUCACCAACUCAAUCGAGACGUUGCAGUUCCUUUACAACCUCUCGCCAUCGUUCCACAUGGUACGAGGCGAGUAUGACGACGCUCAGCUCUUGACGCAACAAUUGAAGGCGUUGGGACAUGAAUCGCCCAACAUUCCGUUCCACCAGGUGGUGACCAUCGACAACUUGAAGAUCGGAUUCACCAGCGGGUACCAGAUCUUGCCUCGUGGAGACGACGUGGCGUUGCUGACAUUGGCACGCGAGCUCAACGUGGACAUUUUGAUCUGGGGAGGUACCCACAAGGUGGAGGCGUACGCUGUGGAGGGAAAGUUCUUCAUCAAUCCAGGCAGCGCCACUGGCGCCCACACUUUUGGGUGGGCAGAUCCAGAUAAGGACAGCGACGACGAGGCAGGGGGCGAGUCUGAGCUAGACGACGCUGAAAAUGAUGCUGCUGACGCCAAACUGGAGCAGACAGCUGGUGAUGAUAGCAAAGAAGGAGAGGAGUCUGGGGACCAAAAGCCCCAGAACGAGGAGCCAGCCAAAGCCAAACUGGACCUCUUUGGCGAGGAAACUGCUGACGCGUCCGAGAGCUUGUCCGGAAGCGCCAGCAACGAAAUCGAUUUGGAACUCUUGAACAAGGUCAGUGAGUCCACGUCAGUGAUUCCUUCGUUCUGCUUGCUAGACAGCCAGGGCUCGGCGUGCACGUUGUACAUCUACACCUACUUGAAGGGCGAAGUCAAGGUCAAUAAGGUGAGUAUUCCUCGCAACAACUAG